AUUAUCUAGCAGUGCGCGAUAUCAAUUGGUGCAAUCGACGGCAAGACUAGCAGUCGAGGUUUCAUCGCGCAGAAGACAGAUUAGCACCGGAGCUGUGAUAUAAACAACUGAUCAAGCUACACCCCGACGGAGAUGCCGCUCAAUUCAACCUAGCACUUUUUUCUUUGCAUCAAGGUACUAUAACGUUCUCAUCAAGAUGGCCGAUAUCUCCAACCUUCAGGUGACAUUGACUCCCCCGAGUCUGUCUACCCCGCUGGAAUCCCCAGCAACCAUCCCCGUUCACGUCGCGGUCCACAAUAAUGCGGACUAUCCGGUAACCGUCCUGACCUGGGGCACCCCACUGGACCCUCGUGCUGAUAUCCUCGGCGUUUUCUCCGUGCGCGAUCACACCAACGACGACUCUGCCGUGCCGCUGACAACCAUCAAAAUCAACCGACGGCUGCCCGCCGAUCACAACGACUUGGUGGAAAUACCCGCUAACGCCUCCAUCGACCGGGUUAUCAAGCUAUCGAAUGUGCCGCUGGUGGAUGGCCACGAGUAUUCCAUCCAGGCGGAGGGGGUGUGGCAUGCUGUGUGGCAGGGGGGUGCCAGCGAUGUGACGGGCUCCCAUCUAGAACAUUUGAAGGGGUCGUCCCGAGGGGAGUACGUUUCGGAUAAGGUGGAUGUCAAAGUCGAGUAGUUAAUUUGUUUGUCUUAUCUGAAUGUCCCAUAUCAUUUGAAUGCCGAUGUUGG